AUGGACUUAGCUAAGCCUAAGCGUGUCAGGCGUAGGAAGGCAUGCGACCUUUGUUAUCACAAGAAGAUCAAAUGCGACGCCAAGCAACCAAGAUGUUCAGGAUGCAAGCUGUAUAACGCAGAAUGCACUUUCACUGGCCCAACUAGACCAACCGCUGUCACACCCAAUCAUGUCAAGAAAAUCGAAAUAUUGGAGGCGCGGCUAGCGCAGCUUGAGGCACAAAACAGACAAAAUCAGCCGUUCCAACCGGCAGAUCCAUCCUGGGACACCAGAGAUUUUGAAUUAAACUCUGCUUUGCAGACCUUUUCCAGCUCAGAAGAAGAGCAAACAUGGGCUUCGGGUACCAGCUUGACGUCGACAGAAGCACUCUCGGUUUUGUCAGACCAAGAAAGCAUCAGUGUGGUGGGCCACAAGCCUGAGACUCUACCCCCGCUUAGUGUAGUCCUACCUGUCGUUGAGGACUAUUUCGAGAAAUCGAACCAGGUGCUGCCUCUGUUUGAUCGGGAGGUUUUCAUGAAGAUGUUGCGGAGGUGGUACGCAUACCCAGCAUACCGCAAGACAGACGCCUGGGCCGCCAUCAACAUUGUCCUUGCGCUCGCUCAAAGGCACUCGUAUGCGUCAAGCCUGGAGGAAACGAGGAACAUGCAGCGGUACAUCAAAAACGUUCAGUCGGUCCUCAACCAGAUGGCAAUCAGUGAUCCAAGCCUGCUCGUUUUGCAAGUUGUUCUUGGAUUAGUACUAGUCUUCCACGGCUCUUCAGACGCGGGGCCGGCCUCGAUAUUAGUCGCUACAGUGGUCCGGCUGGCCCAGGGCCUCAAGCUUCAUACAAAGUCGACAAGAGAAGACUAUGAGCCUGAAGAGGCCCUUCAAAGGAACAGAGUCUUCUGGAUCGCGUUUAUCAUGGAUAGAGAUUGUGCGAUGAGAACAGGCCAACCGCCCAUUCAUCAAGACUCUGACAUUGAUGUCGACCUUCCGAGCUUGAACCCUCCAGACAAGGCUGGGCUCAUAAUCGGCACCUCUGGACAGACGUUCAACUACUUCCGCACCCGUGUCCAACUUGCUUAUAUCCAAGGCAAGAUUUACUCCAUGCUGCUUUCUGUCCGGGCUAUGAAACUGUCAGAGUUCGAAAGGGGCCAGAAUAUGGUUCGUCUACGUCAGAUGCUUGAGAACUGGGAAAAAGGGCUGCCCGAGGACUUCUUGGCGCAUAGAGUAGCGGAAGUUGUACCGACAGAGUAUCUGAGGUAUCUAUCGUUGCUGCACUAUACGCAUUUGCAACUGAUUGCAACAACACAUUAUGCAGAUUCGCACCACCUGGAUUGGUUGCAGAGGUUGCUAAAUUGCAGCAAGAAAGAAGUACCUGAUGCCCUACCUGAAGCUUUUGCGUCACAUUUGCCAGAUUGCUGGGAGAAUCUGGUUCGUCAGGCGAGGACGUGUAUGCAGCUGUACGCUGCGACACCGGAAAACGAUUCGGCUCUUACUUGGUAA